AUGGUGAACAUCGACACAAGCAGAAUCUACGUCCUUAAGAACAGCUUUACGGCUGCAGCUAAAAUACUUGCCCUAUCAGGAAAUGGCAACUCUCUCUCUAUGGUAGACGCAACCAAUGUUACUUCCAACAGCCUCUGGUUCCUGACUCCGACGAACUCAGCUGGCUACUAUCGCCUACACACCCUCACCGAUGGAGUUAAGCAGGCACUUGAUGUCGUUAAUGACAAUGGAGUGAAUAGCGUCAACCUUCAUUUUGCCAAUACUGGAGAAUACAGUGGCCAAUAUUGGAGAUUCGACCAGUGGAACACGAAUCCUGCCUAUCCGUACAGGCUGAGCAACAGCUUCACGGGGACAGGCCAACACCUAGACGUGUAUUCUGACACUUAUCAAGCUCAUCUGGCUGGCGGCGAUUACUCCGGGCAGCAUUGGGCUCUGGUUUCUGCGAACACUGUCGUCGUGACCCAGUCUUGA